GGUUUUUUUCCACAAAAACUCCGCUCUAUUUGAAAUUCAACUUUUCCUGAAACCCAGGUAGCGUUUUUCUUCCUCUUGCACUCCCUUCCCACCUUCAACAAGUCCCGGAGCCACCAUCCACCGACAUCAAACAGUGACGAAGUCGGCGUCGAAAUACUUGCGAAAAGCCUGGAGCAAGCACAACAUGCUGCUAAAACUACCCUUCGAAACGCUCACUCACAUUUUGGGUCACUUUGCUCUGACUUUGCCCAAAAAUAGUGAUGACUUUCCAAGUUAUCGUUCAGCGCGCAAUCAUGCGUACGAGGCCGACGAUCUAGCCCCUCUUCUCCAAGACCGACGGACUUUGCGGAAACUUUGCCUUGUCCACUCACGCUGCCACGCUGUGGCCUCUCUGCUCCUUUAUCAAACCGUUAUUCUGGAGGAUGCAGCGGCACUACCCUUCUUCUUACGGACGCUCUUAGAAUCUCCCAAAGCAGGCGAGGUGGUCCGAGUUCUGGCAGUAAUAGCAACCUUCAACACCACCAAAGACGAGUAUGACCUAUACAGAUGCGCUUAUAAGGGCCUCUGGGCGGACAUUGGGCGACAGGUAUUCGAAGAAGCGCCGCGCAAAAUCCAGCGAGGCGAAUUUGACUGGCGCAUCCGGUUCAGUAACUACCAUUGUCAGCCUGAUAAUGACGCCACGGACAUUCAAGUCACGAGGAGGAAAACGCGUACCAUGGAGCUUGUCAAUACUUUGAAGCGGGAUUUGUUCCUCUGGGCUGGGUUUGCAACAGGUCGCGAUCGCCCACCUAUGAAUAAGCUCAUGCAAGACUUCCUCUACUGCAUGCUCCGGGAAACACCUCGGGUACGACGACUAUUGUUGCAGUUCCCGCUUGAUUGGGGAGCUCCGCAGUGCAGCUUUGCAAGUUUCGCGAAGCUCUAUGAUGACAACGCGUCUUCUACGCCAGACUUCUGCUCGUCUUUGACCGAGCUCAUCCUGUUGUCAACCUCGAAACGCCCAGCAAACUGCUGGCUUCAAGAUGUAAGACAGUAUCCGUUUCGAUACUUCCGCUCCCUUGACACACUCACGGCCAUUGGGUCGACAGAAACUUUCGACCCAUUCCACCACGAAGCGCUCAAAAGUAUCCGCCAUCUGCACCUCUUAGAUACGACCGUGCAGCUUCGGACACUUUGCGGUAUGCUCCUCAAGUUGCCUCAGGAUCUCGUCUCUCUCAUAUUCAAGCAACGUCCAUCAGAUCCUUUCAAACUGCCUGCCCUAGACGACCUCCCCACUACAAAAGCACCAACGCUCUCCGAAGCAUUGCUCCUGAAGGGCAGCAAACUUCAAGAGCUCACACUCGUUUUCUGUUAUUCGAACUGCUUCAAGAACUUUAUCGGGCAAAGACAGCGUCUCACUAGCCUCCCAACUUUGGAUCGCUUGGAAAAGUUGACUAUUCAAAAACAUCUUCUAUUCGGGAAUCCCCGCAACUUUUCGCGCGAGGUCAAUCUAGCCAGCCUGCUUCCGCCAAAUCUCAUCAAACUGAACAUUCUCGACGAAUGGAAGAUGGAUAUCAUCGAACGCGAAACAUGGCUAAGUCGAUACCAGAGGAACGACCCAGACUAUUCCGAAAUGGACCUUUACCAGACCGAUGUCUUUUCGGAAUCCGACAUGUCGCAUCUUGUUCAUAUCUUACCCGAUGAUAUCCCCAACGUUUUCAAGGCUUCAAAGGGUCUAGAGCUGUUCUCAUCCUAUCGCAACGCGGUCGAGACGAUGCUGCUCAAUCUAGCUGCUGACUGCCACGCUGAUCAAAUCGGCUGCCACAUGCAGGCUGUGGACGAACAGCAGAGCCGACGGAAACUUGCCAGUCUUCGUUCCGUCACAUAUCAAGUCGCACCGAACAAGCCACUCGAACUGUUCCCUGAGGCUGAAGCUCGCGUUCAUGAAGAGAAUUGGUCACAUGUUUCAGAACGUCCACCUGUCAAAGACUCGAUGGAAAAGACUAUAUCUGCAAUCAAAUCUGGCUCAUUUUUGUGCUGGAUCCCUUGCCGUUGGACAGACAGUAUUCUUCUCGAUUAUGCAUUUGGUAGUCGCUAUGAUGAUUUUGGGGUGAGCGUACGGUAUAUCCGUGACGAUGGCUCCAUUGGGAGUAGUGCCGCAGAGGGAAGCGAUGACGUUAACGAGGACAGCGAGGACAGCGAGGACAGCGAGGACAGCGAGGACAACGAGGACAACGAGGACAACGAGGACAACGAGGACAACGAGGACAACGAGGACAACGAGGACAACGAGGACAACGAGGACAACGAGGACAACGAGGACAACGAGGACAACGAGGACAACGAGGACAACGAAAAUCGCGAGGCUGUUGACCAGCCCAAGCCCAAGCUUCUCUAUCUAUGGUGUGCAUUCCGAAACAUCCAAAGAGAGUAUUUCGCGGAUAUCACUGCAGCUUUUGCGCUGUCUGGUGUCCAGUUUGAUUGCUUUGGGGACUCGAGGCCGUGGCUCCUGGCUAUCAGAGAUGCUGCAAAGGUUGAGGUCCAGGAACUGGGGAUUGAUGUGGUUGUGCGGGAGGAUCUCUGAUCCUACGAUCACUGGGAGAAGUCUUCAAAUAAACGAAGCGUAAUCCACGGAGUCGCGUGACUACCUACACCAGGUAGUCCGCUCCUAGUUGAUAUAUUUGCUAAUGACCAACAUGGCUUCCGAAUGACACUCGGAUAAUCAUAAAUAGAAGGACGCUUAAAAUGGGACGCUGGCACAGCUCAGAUAGGAUGUUGCUACCGUUCAGAUAGGAGGCCAUAUCACUCAAUGAUUAGCAGAGAUGAUGGUUAGGUAGCACCCCGAAAAUAAUAGAUUCUUAAAACCCA